UGACGGUGGCGGGCUCGUGGCCCCCAUCCCUCUACAUCUCUCCCAAUAUCAUUUCCUUCACCAUCAUUCUCAUUACCUAUAUAUACAUAUAUAAAGAAACUCCAAUGGGCAAUGGCCAUUAACUCUCUUGAAUGAAUUUGUUCUUCAUCAUCGCUCUCUCUCAAACCGAUCCUCCAAGAAUUAAUCCUUCUUGUCCGAAAAAGAAGAUACAUUUCAAUUCGAUCAUGAGGAAGAACUGCAACCUGAAGCUUCAGCUUCAACCCUCCUCUGGCACUGAUCUUCUUCCACGCCCCUACCUUGAUACUGCAGCUGGCAGCCCUCAUCGCGAUGACCAUCAUCAUCAACAGCAGCAGCAGCAGCAGGAGCAGCAGCUGACGAUAUUCUACAAUGGACAAGUCUGCGUUUGCAAUGUCACUGAAGUCCAGGCGAGAGCCUUAAUGAUGCUCGCGAGUAGAGAAAUGAUGGGGACAAGCCCGAGUGGGGGAAGUAGUCCACGGGAUCAAGAAGAGGAGGAUUCCAGUAUUUCGCCGCUGAGUUAUUAUUCCCGGAUGGCGUCAGCACACACUCCGUCGAUGCCGAGCCCGACUACCGCGUUCUCAAUGAAGCGAUCGCUUCAGCGGUUUCUUCAGAAGCGGAGGCACCGGAUCUCAGCCGCUGCCCCUUACAAUGUCCGGUAGCUUAGCUAGCCAGGAUCUUUAAUCCAAUGAGUUUAUUGAAGUUGAUUGUGGAAUCCAAUGUACUAAAUCGGUUCAUUUGUAAACUGAUCUUUCUUUUUUUAUAAGUCGCACGAUUCGAUGUGCAUUUUUCCUCUCUGAAAAUAUUGACUAGAUAUAGAGCAGAUACACGUAUGUUGAUGUAAAUGUGUCAGUGGAUCUAUCUUGAUGUCAAUUCCAUUACUUUCUUUUUGUUUUC